AUGCCUGGAUCAAAAGGAGGUUCUUGGAAAGUACUUGGCUUAGGACGAGGUGAAGAAACUGCACAAAAAGCUGAAAAACAUCUACAUGAAUUAAACUAUCCAAAUGCGAAAGUUAUCGGGCUUGAAAACGACAAAGCUAGUGAUGAUAAGUUAAUUGAACUUCUUAAAACUAAUGAUUGGGAUGGUGUAUCUAUUGGUGGUGGUAUCAAUGGAUAUGAUGAUGAUUUUCCAAGAGAAACGGAAACUCUCUACUGGUUUAAUCGUCUUGUUAAUCUUGUUCAUCAAUAUGCACCCAAAGCUAAACUUAUAUUUGUUACAAAUCCUACUGAUCUAGUUAAUUCAUUUGUAAGAGUACUUGAUUCUGCAGAGACACCCGUUGAAAGUAUUUAA